ACAGAAAUUUCAACUGGAUUUCUUUUCCUGGACAGGAGGUUAUACAAGACAAAGGUCCAAGAAACACCUCUCAUUUCUUUGAUUCUGCUGGAUAUGAAGGGAGAUGGAGGUUGAGGCUUUUAGGCACCUCUUCCCGCUUUCGUUUCUAUGAAUAUCAUCUCCUUGAAUCCGUACACCCUGAUGCCAGGCCACUUGGAAGAGCUAGAGAUACCACUGUGGCUCUUGGGGUUGUAGAAGCUGCUGAUGGGUCAGCAAUGGCAAUGAUUGAUUGCACAUUUAUAGACCUGUAUGAAGAAGAAUCUCAUGUGAUUCAAAGAAGAGCUUCACAGUUCUGCAAUGAUCAAUUUAAAGGAACUAUCUUUAAUCAGCGGAAAGGCGGUGUAGAUGGCAUACUUGUGCAAACUCUGGCUGUUUCUCUCAAUGAUGAUGGAAGAGUUGGAAUUCUGUCAGGGGAUUCUAAAGAAGUUAAAAGAUUCUGUCAACAAAGAGAAGAGGAAGCUUACCUUGAGUUGGAAUUGCAUUGCCUUCUCAUUUACCUGCAUUAUUUACUAGAAAUGCAUAUUGACAGAUCCUACUGCAGAGGAAGAGUCCACUAUGGAAACUCUCAUCACCGUGUUAUUGGAUUCGUCCAGUCAGCUUGUGUCCUUGUAUAAGCCAGGUGGAUCAAUUCUUCCUCAUACGGCAGCUGUUCAGGAUUGUAUUGCACUUACAAGGCAGAGAAUAAGGAACUUCAGAAGAUUCUAAAUGAAGCAGUUUCUGAAAUGAAGUUGAAUAGGUCAAAUACUAAUUUAGUGGGUUGGGUUGACAGAUUUUCGCAGUUGACUGGAAACAGUUUUGUUUCUAAAUGAUACAUCAUCUUAUUUUAGUGAAUGGUGGUGGAAUGGAAGUCACUAACAUAGUUUAGCAUCAUGAACAAACUCUGUUGUUAUGUGCUUAUGUUCAUAUGGUGGAAUCUGAUGGUCAUAUGAUGCCACGGUGCAAUUUGAUUAUCACAAAACGGGUUGGGCAA